AUGGCUACGGAUGAGUUUCUUCGCGAAUACUACAAAAGAUUUUUCCCGUUUGAUCUGUAUUAUCGGUGGAUGAGUUAUGGAAAUGUGGAGCCGUGGCGCUUUGCAAAUCGUGAAUUUGCUUACGGUCUUCCCGGGGAUAUAUUCGUGCGAUAUCGGUCCUUUUUCGAUGCUGCCGAGAUGAAAGCGGACGUUGUGAAAACGUGCCCAGAGCGCAUAGACAUAGGUCCGAUUUACAACAAUCUUCCCAAGCACCACAAUACGAAUCCACUGACGCCGAGAGAACGCGAAUUGUGCUUCGAUAUCGAUUUGUCCGAUUAUGACGACGUGAGAUCGUGUUGCUCUGGUGCGAAAAUCUGUGAGAAGUGUUGGAAAUUAAUGGCAGUGGCAGUGAAAACGAUCGAUCGAGCUCUACGUGAUGACUUCGGAUUCCAGCACUUGCUUUGGGUUUUCUCAGGGCGUCGAGGGGUUCAUUGUUGGGUUGGAGACGAGGUCGCUCGACAACUGGAUUCCACUGGCCGAUCGGCCGUCGCUGAAUAUUUGACGGUAGUUCGUGGAGGGGCUGAAAAGUGCAAGAAAGUUAUUUUACCUGAAUCGAAGCCGAUACAUCCGUUGAUCUCCAACUCCUUAAAAAUCAUUGAUUCAUAUUUCACAAAGAUUUGCCUGAUUGACCAAGAUUUGUUGCACACUGAAGCUCAAGCACUUUCGAUUCUCAAUCUCGUCGGCGACGAAAAACUCAAGAAUGAGAUGGUCGUCGAAGUGAAUCGGCAAUGUCGAUCAGAAGAGAAAUGGCAGGCGAUGGAAGAAGUUCUUGAUGCGACGAUGAAGAAGAAGACGAACCGGAAAUUUUCUAACUGCCUCAAAGAGAUCAAGCUGCAGUUUUUAUAUCCGCGAUUAGAUAUUAAUGUUACGAAGGGAUUCAACCACUUGCUCAAGGCUCCAUUUUGCAUUCAUCCCGGAACGAAGCGCGUUUGUGUGCCCUUCAAUCCGGAGUCCGUUGACUCUUUUACUCCAGAAGAUGUACCACUUUUGGAUAAACUGAUUUCGGAACGAACGUAUUCUUCAUCCGAGGGUACUGAGAACAAAGCGGCCAAGCUGAAUAACAAAGCCUACUACAGAGACACGAGCCUCGCAGCUUCCAUCGACGUGUUUGAGAAGUUCGUCCUGAAUAUGGAGAGCUCAUGGCGUGGAAAAUUGAAGGAGAUCGAUGAUCAAAGAAUGGAAUUCUGA